AUGUUUCUCCAGUUAAUUUCAAUCGCUAUUCUUUCCUUCAGUGGAAUUGCCGCUGCCAUCGACCUCACCCUGACACAACAACUUAUGCUUGCACCAAGUCGCCAUGCCAGAUAUGAGUUACUGAAGGAUGAAGAUUUUGUCUUCGACUUCGGCAAAGGUCCCAGCAGCGAGCUUGUUAAUGGCGGAUAUCUUGUUGAUGCGACAAGCGAGACCUUCCCUGCCUUGGUUGGUCAAGGUGUUGGAAUGGCUGUCGGUAUCUUGGGUCCUUGCGGAUUCAAUACCCCUCAUGUACACGUUGGAGGCACCGAAUUCAACAUUGCGCUCAACGGAACAUUUCAAACAUUUUUAGCGCUUGAACCCCCGACCACAGACUCCGGUGCUCCUCCAAGAGUUGUCAAUCUGACCAUGAAUACUCUCCAAGCUACCAUCUUCCCUCAAGGCUCACCGCAUAUGGAGUUCAACCCCAGCUGUGAAACACGCGCAUUCGUCGCCGCAUUUGGCACGGAUGAUUUUGGUCGGACGCAGGAGUUUGAAGCUCUUUUCUCUGUACCGGAUGAUGUACUUGAAGAUAGUCUCGGCGAUUCCUCUCAGUCGCUCGCAGAUUGA